AUGGAGCCGACAGGUACCGUCUCCAAUAUCAGCAUCGCUCCCGACUGGACACUUGACCCAGACAUUUCAUGGCGUGAGCAUUGGAUGCAAGCAGUUUACUUUCCUGUAAAUCAACUUCCUCUUGUGACGGGUCAGGAAUUCUCCGUCACUUAUGCCCGCGACACCUUUUCCAUGUGGUUCGGUCUGGUAGGUAUUUCCUGUCAAACUGGUUUGCUUGGCGGUGACGAUGAAGUCGAAAGUGCUUUAAAAGGAGCUUACUGUAAACCAGAGGAUCCACCUGUAUGCACAUGCGGUCUCCACAUCUCUUGGUCUCGGCAACGGUUGGCAGAAAUCAAUACAAAGAGUUACAAUGAAGAGUUGACAACCUUGUUAAAGCAUACAGUCUCAUUUCUCUCUCCUGGUCAUAAUUCUGCGAUUGUCGUCAUUUCCGACGCUUCCUUCCUUCCUAUGAUGCUGGCUGAUUAUCUCAAAGGAGAAACUCAUUUCGUUCAUCAUCUAGAUUCAUCUCUGUCUUCUCGGUUUCUGGGCCGUUUGUAUGCUAGUUCCAAGAGGUAUAGCUGCGUCUGCCUACACCAGUCAAUAGAUCAGGUUAUAGAGGAACUGAUACGUCAACAGCCUUCUCGCGUUAUUUUUGUAACUGAGCCCUCUUUCUCCUCUUCUAUUUUGCCCUGGAAUGCACUAUCCUUCUGGUAUUUCAUUGCCAAAUUGAAAUCAGAAUUACCCUUCGAGAUUUGUUUAGCCACUCCCACUGCUCUACGGAUUUACUCUGUUGCUGUCCAGUUUAGUGACUUGUGGAAAAUUAGAGCUCCUGUUGGAACCGAUUGUGAGGGCUUUGACUUGACUAACUUAGACCAGCUAAUCCAGUCGGCAUACCUGGAUGUCGAUGCGGUUAUUGAACCCCAACCUUUGUGGCAAUACCAUGGGGUCGCUAGGUCCCGACCCAGUCUUGUUUUCGAGCUGAACUUAAGAAAGCCCCCGUUACUUUGCUCAAAGGAGCUUAAUUCCUUCAUACUACCUGACGGAUCUGUUUCGAUUAGCCAGGGCGACCUGACUCUUGAACUAUCCCUGUCUGACCAGCUCGUUAAUGGAGUCGCAUUUUGGGCCGAAUGGGAGAUAGGUGUGUCGGAAGAUAGUGUUAUCUACAGGUCCCCUUCUGGGCCUGCAAAGCCCAUUUCUCCUGGCGAGAAAAUAUACUGGAAGAAUGUUGGACCUCAACAAGGUGUCUUUCUUUCCCAUGACUGGCUAACUUAUAAUACUCGUUUCAAAGUUAUUACGAUUCGCAGUCUUUUCAAUGUGAACGACGGUGAACCUACGUUUGAAUUUGAUCUUAAGUGA